UAUUUGCCGAGGACCUCUUUUGCGAUAUCAUCAACAUACAAGCAGUCCAAUUUCCGGGCGCAUUAUUUCAAUUCAAUUAUAUCUUGACCCUUAAACAUCCUACCUUCACACUAAGAAGAUAUGGGGGGCAAGACCGCAAACAAGGCCAGCUAUUUCGAUAAGCUGAAGGGCCUUCUCGAGGAGUAUCGCAGCAUCUUCAUUGUCUCCGUCGACAAUGUCAGCUCCCAGCAGAUGCACGAGAUCAGACAGUCUCUCCGCGGAGAGGGUGUUGUCCUCAUGGGAAAGAACACCAUGGUCCGCCGUGCCAUCAAGGGGUUCGUGGGUGACUCCCCAGAGUGGGAGCGCCUUCUUCCAUUCGUCAAGGGCAACAUUGGAUUCGUCUUCACCAACAGCGACUUGAAGGAUAUUCGUGACAAGAUCCUUGCCAACAAGGUUGCCGCCCCAGCCAGAGCUGGCGCUGUUGCACCAGAUGACGUCUUCGUCCCAGCUGGUAACACCGGCAUGGAGCCCGGAAAGACCUCUUUCUUCCAGGCUCUUGGUGUCCCAACCAAGAUUGCCCGUGGUACGAUCGAAAUUACCGCUGAUCUCAAGCUCGUUGAGGCCGGUACCAAGGUCGGAGCCUCCGAGGCUACCCUCCUGAACAUGCUUAACAUCUCUCCGUUCACCUACGGAAUGGGCAUUUCUCAGGUUUACGACAACGGCAACACCUUCCCGCCUCAUGUCCUUGAUAUCAGCGAGGAGCAGCUCCUCAAGGCUUUCUCCAGCGCCAUCACCACCAUCGCUUGCGUUUCGCUCGCCGUCAACUUCCCAACCCUUCCUUCCGUCAUGCACUCCGUUGUCAACAGCUACAAGAACGUUCUGGCUGUUGCCGUCUCCACCGAGUACAGCUGGACCGAGAUUGAGGAGCUCAAGGAGCGCAUCGCCAACCCAGAGAAGUUCGCCUCUGCCGCCGUCGCCACUACCUCUGAUGCCCCCAAGGCCGCUGCCGUUGAGGAGAAGAAGGAGGAGUCUGAGGCGGAGGAGUCCGGUGAUGAGGGCUUCGGUGGUCUCUUCGAUUAAGCCAGAGUCUGCCUUUCGUAGUUCUGAAUUACUCAGAUAUACGAAUCGAGCUUGAUACUGCCUUACAAACCAGUCCACGUUCCGCAUUUCGAUUCAUUGAUGUGACAUCCAAAACAGCCAGCAAAGUAGAAUCCAGUGGUCGAAGUCUACGUUAUUAGAGGUCCCUCAUCCAACACCCUCUGUGCGAUGUCAAUUGCAGCCUCUGGUAAACCUGCCAACCUAGCUACCUUCAAUGAAUGACUCUUCCUAUUG